GCACUGACGUCACUUACGCGACAAUAAAUCUGUUUUCAAACAAACCGACGUCGGGAUUAGCCGAAAAAACUCAGGUUGCGUUCGUUUCAGGGGAAAUACAGCGAUAUACUUAUAGCUAAUGUUGUUUUUAUAACGAACUUUUUUUAUUUCUGGGGUAGUUAAUCUAGUAAGUUAAUUUAGUAAAGGUUACUGCAUCUAGUGAUCUAGUGCAGGCUGUUUUAUUUAUGCUGACCGGAAAUUUCUUGUUCAGAAUUACAUUUUAAUUAUUGUAAACUACUAUUCAUUACGCAGUUGUUUUGAAAGACUAUUACAUUUUCGAAAGCCCCGUGUAUGUGUAUGUAGCAGAUGUUCUAGUAAGAUUGAACAUGGAGGUGGAACAGCCACAGCAGGACUGCGCUGCAGCAGCGCAGCCUGCUCCGUCCUCUCAGCCUAAGAAGCCCAGCCAGGCUCUGUACGCCCCGAAACAACGACUUCAGGGCUCUAAAGACAAAGCUCAGACCCAAGGAGAAGUUAAGCCCAGACCUAGGCCUAAGUAUACCGACAAGGCUCGAAAAAACGCCAAAAACAGGACGGACAAGGCCAGAGAAGCAGAUAAGGCUGCAGCAGCAGCAGCUGCAGCUGAUGCUGAUGGAGCUGCUGCCAACAACGAUGAUACCCAGCCUGAGGUGAUGGUAGACCAAGGGCCGGCUGCAGAGGGGGUGAGUAACGGGGAGGAGGCAGCUUCCGCUCAAGAUGAAGAUGAAGAGGAGGAGAGCUGGGACACCUUAUUCAAUGAUGAUGGAGACUGUUUGGAUCCACAGUUGCUUGAAGAACUUGCGUUGGAGAAAGGCAGAAAGAAGAAGUCAGUGCAGGAGCGAAGGUUUGAUUACUACAACAUGGAUCAAGAUGACAUGGAGGACGUUGACCUCAGCGAGGAUGAGCUUUCCCAUAUUGUAGAGAUCUACGACUUCCCUACUGACUUCAAGACAGAAGACCUUCUGAAGUUAUUCCAGUGCUACCAACAGAGAGGCUUCGAUAUUAAGUGGGUUGAUGACACACGUGCCCUGGGCCUCUUCUCAAGCCCCAUAGCAGCCCGUGAAGCUCUAAGAUCCAAGCAUCAACUCAUGAAGUUAAGACCGCUUUCCAAAUCCUCUCCUGCCACCAAGGCCGCAGCUCGUAGCUGCUCAGACUAUCUAUUACCUGCUAAAGAGAGACCUCAGACCAGUGCAGUGCUGGCUCGGAAGCUCGUGAUUGGUGCUCUUGGUGUAAAGAGCAACCUGAGCCAGGAGCAACGUGAUGCAGAGAGGAAGAAACUCCAGGAUGCAAAAGAACAAAAGCGCCUGGCAGCCAAGCAGAGGGAAGAUGCUUGGGAGGGGAACUGAAUGGACACAACUUGAUUCAGCACAAACUCAUGACUUUUCUGUUUCUUCUCUACUUUUUUUCCCCCUCAGCCCGUCACUUCUUCUUUCCACUGAUAAUGAAUCCCCAGGUACUGACCAUCUCAUCACUGUCCAUUAGCCUGCAGUGUUAUAUGAGGUUAAUGUUCCCUGUCGUUUACUCUACUAGUGUGUUCUCAGAAGUUCUGCCUCAUUGCUGGGGUGAACACUGGGACACACUUUCAUAAGCGUACAUUUAUAAUCAUCCAUUUGUUUCAUAUUGUACUGUAUUUGAAUUAUUUCAUGUACUGAUCCAAAGCCUCAUCUUUGUUUUUAUAUGAGUUUAUUUUAAACCUUCAGGGUUAGCCAUUAAUUACAAAGUACAUCCUUAUCUUCUGUAUGAGGACAUUGUUCAGGUUGGAUUCAGUUUUGAGUGGUUAAACCAAAGGGUGCCGCUUUAAAAUACCACUGCAGGGUAAACAAUUCAGUGUUAUGAAACUGUUACUUUAUUUUUAAUGUUUUAUGUUAGCCAUUUUUUAGCAUUUUUAUCAGUGCCCCGUAUCAUGAGUUAUCUUUAAAUCAGAACCUGUGUUGUUGUUUUUGCUCCCAUAGAAAACCAGCCAAGUCUGGUAAAACCUAAAAACUUUUUAAACAAAAAAGUGUGUAUUUAGUAACAUGAGUCAGUGAAUUAAUGAUUUAAAUAAAGAAUCAUUUUUAAUUACA